UGCGGGGCCCGGGCCGGGGCCGGCGGGCAGAGCGGCGGCGGCGGGCAGAGCGGCAGGAAGGAUGGGCGAGCGUUGCUGUGCGGCGGUGGUGCGGGUGCUGGUGCUGCAGGCGGCCUGGGCGCUGUCGGGCGGGCAGGUGCGCUACUCGGUGCCGGAGGAAGCCAAGGCCGGCACGGUGGUGGGCCGUCUGGCGCAGGACCUGGGCCUGGAGGCGGGUGAGGCGGAGGCGCGGCGGCUGCGGCUGGUGGCGCCGGGCCGGCGGGCGAGCGUGGAGGUGAGCGGGGCGAGCGGCGCGCUGCUGGUGAGCUCGCGGCUGGACCGGGAGGAGCUGUGCGGCAAGAGCGCGCCGUGCGCGCUGCGCCUGGAGGUGCUGCUGGAGCGGCCGCUGCGCGUCUUCCAUGUGCAGCUGGAGGUCACCGACAUCAACGACAAUGCCCCCGUCUUCCCCGCUGCCCGGAAAAACCUCAGCAUCGCGGAAUCGUCUUUGCUGGGGUCUCGUUUCCCGCUGGAGGGCGCGUCGGAUGCGGAUAUCGGACCGAAUGCGCAUCUCUCCUACACACUCAGCCCCAGCGAAUAUUUUACACUUGAUGUUAAGUCGUCUGAUGAAAACAGGAAGUCUCUGUUUCUGGUACUCGCAAAGUCUUUAGACCGCGAGACUAUUCCCGUUCACCGGCUGGUGCUGACGGCGAGUGACGGGGGCCGGCCGUCUCUGACGGGGACAAUGGAGCUGGUGAUCUCGGUGGAGGAUGCGAACGACAAUCCGCCCCAGUUCAACCAGUCUGUGUAUAAAGUGCUGAUACCAGAAAAUGCUACAGAGGGGACGCUUGUAUUACGUGUGAAUGCCACGGAUCCGGACGAAGGAAGCAAUAAGGAGUUUUAUUACAGCAUCUUGAGUUCGAUUCCUAUCGGUAACAAAGAACUCUUUACCAUUGACACCAAGACGGGCGACAUCAGACUGAAGGGUACUUUGGACUUCGAAGAUGUUCGCUUGCACGAAUUGCAAAUCGAAGCGCGAGAUAAAGGGACGCCCUCACUCUCGGGUCACUGCAGCGUGGAGAUGGAGGUUCUGGACGUGAACGACAACGCGCCGGAGGUGUGGGUGACGUCGCUGUCGGUGCCGGUGCCCGAGGACGCGUCGUUGGGGACGGUGGUGGCCCUGCUGAGCGUGUCGGACCGGGACUCGGGCGAGAACGGUCGCGUGCGGUGCUGGGUGUGGCCGGCGUCACCGUUCGGUCUGGAGGCGACGUUCGCGGGCUCGUACUCGCUGGUGCUGCGCGAAGCGCUGGACCGGGAGCGGGUGUCGGAGUACGAGGUGGAGGUGCGUGCGGAGGACGGCGGGGCGCCGGCGCUGCGCGCCAGCCGCGGGCUGCGGGUGCCGGUGUCGGACGUGAACGACAACGCGCCCUUGUUCGCGCAGGCCGUGUACACGGUGCUGGCGCGGGAGAACAACGCGGCGGGCGCGGAGCUGGCGCGGCUGUGGGCGCGGGACCCGGACGAGGCGGCCAACGGGCGCGUCAGCUACUCGGUGUGGGACGGCGGCGUGGGCGUGGGCGGCGGCGGGGCCGCGGGCUCCUCGUCGGGCGUUGGGUGGCGUCCGGCGUCGAGCUACGUGUCGGUGGACGCGGAGAGCGGGCGUCUGUGGGCGCUGCAGCCCUUGGACUACGAGGAGCUGCAGGUGCUGCAGUUCGAGGUGCGCGCGGUGGACGCGGGGGAGCCGCCGCUGAGCGGCAACGCCACGGUGCAGCUGUUCGUGCUGGACGAGAACGACAACGCGCCGGCGCUGCUGCCGCCCGCGGGCUCGGCAGCGGAGGCGGGCGGCGUGGCGGCGGCGGAGGCGGCUUUGGCGCUGUCGGGGGCGGGCUCGGAGUCGGGCACGCUGUGGGCGUGGGCGGCGUGGGGGGCGCCGGCGGGGCAGGUGGUGGCCAAGAUCCGCGCCGUGGACGCCGACUCGGGCUACAACGCGUGGCUGCGCUACGAGCUGUGGGAGCCGCGGGGCAAGGGCCCGUUCCGCGUGGGGCUCUACAGCGGCGAGGUGAGCACGGCGCGGGCGCUGGACGAGGCGGACGGGCCUCGCCAGAGGCUGCUGAUCGUCGUGCGCGACCACGGCGAGCCGGCGCGCUCGGCCACGGCCACGCUCAGCGUGUCGCUGCUCGAGGCCGCCGAGGCGGCGCUGGCCGCGGGAUCCUCGUCGGCGUCGUCGGCGGUGUCGCGCUCGGCGGCGGGCGUGGAGCUCGGGGCCGGGGCGGCGAGCGCGGCCACCAACGUGUGGCUGGUGGUGGCCAUCUGCGCCGUGUCCAGCCUCUUCCUGCUGGCCGUGGUGCUGUACGGGGCGUCGCGCUGGGCGCCGCGGGCGGCCGUGCUCUCGGCGCCCGGGCCCACGACGCUCGUGUGCGCCAGCGAAGUGGGCAGCUGGUCCUACUCGCAGCGCCACAGCCGCAGCCUGUGCGUGGCGGACGGCGCUGCCAAGAGCGACCUCAUGGUUUUCAGCCCCAACUUCCCUCCGCCGCCGCCCGCUCCUGCAGCCAAGGAGGCGCAGCCGGAGCCCUCCGCUCUCCUCGGCACGCCAAAACACCCCAACCCGGACUGGCGCUACUCUGCAUCCCUGAGGGCAGGAAUGCAAAGUGCUGUGCAUAUGGAGGAGGCAGGAGUCCUGCGUGGAGGAGCAGCAGGGCCUGACCAGCAGUGGCCAACAGUGUCCAGUGCUACAGCAGAACCUGAGGCGGGAGAGGUGUCCCCCCCAGUGGGAGCUGGUGUGAACAGCAACAGCUGGACCUUUAAAUUCGGACCGGGCAAUUCCAAACAAGGUGGUCCUGGUGAGUUGCCAGACAAAUUCAUUAUCCCAGGAUCUCCUGCAAUCAUCUCCAUCCGGCAGGAGCCACCCAACAGCCAAAUUGACAAAAGUGACUUCAUAACCUUUGGCAAGAAAGAAGAGACCAAGAAAAAGAAGAAAAAGAAGAAGGGGAACAAGACUCAGGAGAAAAAAGAAAAGGGCAACAGCACCACUGAGAACAGUGACCAGUGAGGGAGUUAUACUGAAAAAACCCUCUUAGCCAGUUUUUGUAAUAAUGGCAGAUUUCUCCUAUGUAGCAAAUCCCAACUUCUUCCUAUUGUUAACAAAUUUCCUGUAUGUACAGACUUGAGAAAAUCAGCAGGAAAUUCAGUGUCUGUCUAAAUUGCUUAACAGGUUUUGUCUUAAAAGCUUUAUUAAGUCUGGUGUUAACUCUUUUUCUCCACUCUGGCUUGUUUUCAGAAUCUAAAAAGCAGACACAAGUUUCCUUUCUCCUACGCCGAAAAGGAGAAUCUUCACAGUACAGCCAGUGAGAGGUUGGACUCUGCACUGUGGUUCCUGUGCUCCUGUCUUGAUGACACUUACAGGACAGGUUUAAAAGUUUUAAUGUUGUGCACCCUCUAUCUGAUUGGAAAUAUUUGUGUGCAGAUGUCAGCUAGGUGAUAUGAGAUCAGAUUAUAAAAUGCAAGAAGAGCUGGUAAAUAUGCAACAGAGGAAACACCUAAUGAACAUAAAUGUUCAAAGAUGUUCAGGCUGGGGAGAAAUGUCUGAAAGAGAGAUGAGCAGACUUAUCAAAUCCUGAGAAGUCAGUGUGUGGAAAUACUGACUCCUAUACAUGACGUAUUGUACACACUGCUUCAAAUGAAACCUCACAUUUACAGCUCUUUAAGACACCAUAAAUUCUAUCUCUUUACCAAGCAAGCCAUUGGAAAAAUUGUCCCUUAAAGCCCUGCAUUGCCCUGGUAAGGCUAGCCCUCAGAGAGUAACAAGGGCUGGGCUGAUAUCCCAGGAAUGUAACUGUGAUGCUGUGUCUCCCUAUUUCCACAUUAUUUUGCACAUUAUGUCUCUGAAAAGGUCAGAGUUUUUCCACGACACUUAUGCAAAAGAGAGAAAAAAAGUAACAUUAACUAUGCUAUUUGUUAUUUGAGAUAUUUAUUUAUAAAGAAAUAUAGCUGUAAAUGUUAAAGAAAUAUGAUGCCCUUUAACCCAAACAGAAGUAAAUCUAGAGCCAUUAUAAAUUACAAUUGCUGCUAUUAAAGUGCUUUAGAAAAAUUGCCUGAAACAUCUGUAUUAUAUCGGCCACUUGCCAAUCACAGUUUUAUUCUGUCGGGUGACUUGGGGGCUGCCUCUUGCAUGUAUUAAUAAAUACAAGAAUAUCUUCUCUUUCUUUUUUUUUUGCAUUAUUCUGCACUUUGAAUACACCUUUGCAAACAAACUGUCCUAAUAUGAAGAAGCAGAAGCAAACUCCUCACACAGAUGGAUUUACUACUAACCUGCUAGCUCUGUGCAGUACCUUGGUGUGACCUCCCACACGACCUUUUCUGAUUUUAGUUUUACUUUUCUAUGAGAUUAUGAAUUCCUGACCCUACUAACACUCCUUAUGUAAAAUUCAAGUACUGUAUGUAUGCUGUAUGCUCUUAUAAGAAUCCUGAAAUAUUUAUUCUGUGCUUGUGUAUGUGAAUGUCAAUGCAACUAUUAUUAGAGUGGACUUUAAGCUUUACCGUUGAAUGUAAAUUCAUUAUUUCUUUUUUGUACACUUGUGGAAAAGUGGAGUAGUGUUAAUUUUUUAAGCCACUGUUGAUUAUCAGUUUUUUUUGUGUAUGAAACACAAGUAAAAUAUCUUUCUUAAACCAAGCCAUGCAUGCAUUUUGGGAUUUAUUGGUAAGAAUCUGUGAAGCUGAAGUUCUGUGAAUUACUAAACCUAAGGGUAUAAAUGGAGUAUUGAAUGUGGUUGAGGAUGUUGAUUUAAAACCAAUACAUGUAUUUUUAAAUAGAAUAUGGCUGAUGAGGGAAUUCCAAGGAGCUUUCUACAUUAUUGUACAUUCACAGAAUAAAGCUCAAGUGUCGUGUUAAUUGGAACUGUGUAAGAAACUACAUAGCUCUGAAAUUUCCAAAGGCCCUUUAAUCUAGGAUCAAAGAGAACAACUGGAUUUCUUGAGACAUGUCCUGGAUGUUUUAAGUUUCCAAACUGCUGACAGUUCAGAACAGAACAAUUCCUAUUUAUUUUUAAGAACCUGCAGCAAAUCUUAAAACAUCACAGCAAAGCUCUAAUAAAAGAAUUCAUAUCUCAAAGCAUGAACCACCAAUGGCCUCAUGUGGUCUAUUUAGAGUCUUCUUUUGUUACCAGUCUUGUUUUACUGGCAAUAAAAAGGUGCUACUUGAGAAAGAGAAUCCUGGAUUCACUUUUAAAGGCUAGAAAAGAGGAAAAAAAUCUUAAGCUUUGGGGAGGGAACUGUUCUUUUAUGCAAAUGUGCUAUGCAAGUACAUUUAGGUGUUUAUUUUUAUUUGGUGACUAAUCCAACAGCUCCCAAAACGUUCAUCAACUGUAGUUACAGUGGUAGCUUAAACACACAGAAGAAUACUGUUGUUAUGUAGUCAUCAUAAAAUAGCGCUCUCAAUGCCUCUGGCAAAAAUUCAGUACAAAGAUUUAAUUCUUACAGGAAUCUUCUACACUUGAUUAUUUUUAGAUUUUAAUUGAAUAUUGGUUUUUCUUUUGAGUGCUUGCAUUUUCCCCUAUGCAAGCCAGUCUGACUCAUUCAUUUUUCAUCAGUGGCCAUACACAGCUGGUUUUCCGAGGCUUGCAUCUAUUAAAAUGAACCAAGAGCUGCAGCAUGUCUCAAAUUUUCUGGUUUUAACACAAUAUUACAUUUACCAAUCCUGCCUUUAUUGCAGGUGCUUACUGCAGGGGGACUGUAUGCUUGAGUGCCUGGAAGGACAAAACAUAAUCUGAAGAUAAUCAUUCCAGCAUGAUUAUCAAUGAUGAUAAUCAUUCCAGUCUGGAGAGCUGAUAGAACAGAGAAAAACCUCUCAGAGGAGAGGAGAAGCUCUUGCUGGAAUUGUUUGAAAAGAGGCUGGGAUGCACUAGGAGGAUAUACAUCCCACACAAUCACUGUGUUGUCUGAAUACUGAAUAGGCACCUCACCAGAAUUUAUAAAGAUUUUUCCAUAUUUGGACCCUCUGGGACAACUGGAAUGCUGAGAUGUCUACAGUGAAAUUUGGCUGUUUCAUAACUAAUGUGCAAACGAUACCAUUGGCAUCCUUGAUUUUGGGUGUCCAGGAGGAGAAACCCUGGCAAGAAAAAUGUUUGGAGGACCAGGGGUAGAUGGGGGCAGGAUCUGCACAUUCCACCACAGUUCUGGGGUUACUGUUCUGACACCACACAACAAUGGAAAUUGAGAACCAGAGGUGGCCAAUAACAGCACAAAUUAAGAAAAAAAAAAAUUUUAAUCCUCCUGCUGACAAUGAAAUGAGCACGACAAAAUACACUGCAGAGUUUGCUAACAAGGAAAUUACAGUUUUGGGGCUUUUUACCACUUGAACAAUUUAUGUCUUUCAGAAUCCAUAUAUACCCUCUGUGAGCAUAUUGUCUUUGGAAGUCUGGUUUCUAUGCAUACAAGAUCAGUAAUGAAAACUACUGGGCUUUUAUAACAAUAAAACUGAGCUAUGUUGUAUAUUAAUUACAUCCUGUCAUUAAAAAAAAUCUCAUUUUACAUUAGGCUUCUAA